AUGCCGUCCGAUGAUGACUUCUGUUCACCGAAGCCUCCGAUUCCGUUUCUGGCCGCUCCACGGCGACCUGAGAAGAAAGGUGAUGUCCAAUCGAUUCCUAUCGUUUCUGUCGCGGGUUCGAGUCUUUACUCUGAAUUUUGUGGUGGGAAAGAUGAAAAUGCAUCAGGAUCAGAUAACCAAUUAAGCGACACCUGUGCUAUUUGUUCUAAGAAUCUUUCACAUUUGAAUGACAUCAGAAAGUAA